AUGAGUUCCAAUCCGAAUCCGAAAGACUCGAUGAAAUCCACCUGGCGCCGGUGGGACAAGAGUGAAUGGAAUUUAUCGCACAAAAUCCUGAAUCUCGUCAACGCCUACCACGUCGACCUUGACAGGGAGGUUCCUGUUCACGCUAAGACAGACAAGGUGCCCUAUGUCUCGGACUUGUCGAUGCAUCGCUGGAUCAUCAUCCAUGGCGCCAUUCCACUUCUCCUACACCAGCUCUACGUAUAUUUCACGGGGAGCAAUGUCGGGCCCAUCGUUGCCUACUUCUACUAUUACUACGCCGCUAGGGUGUUUAUGACUCGCGAGCUACGUGGGCUCCGCGAAAUGGGCCACAUCUAUGGAUUCCUGGACGGUGAUCAGCAUGAACGGGAUGGCGUACCCGAUGUGGGCGUUACCAAGGCCCUGAUGUCAGUUAUGUUGGGAGGUAUCGUCCGUCCACUCAUAAUCACAUAUCUCACCUACAACGCAAGUCUGGCACCUGCCUCAAUGAAUUGGCGAUGGCUUCCCGUUGAAGUCAGUCUCUAUGGCAUUGUCCUCGACUUUUGGUUUUACUGGUAUCAUCGCAUCAUGCACGACGUCAACGGCCUCUGGAAAUACCACCGUACACACCACCUAACAAAGCAUCCCAAUCCGCUUCUCUCAAUCUACGCCGACUCCGAACAAGAGUUCUUCGAUAUCGCGGGAAUCCCUCUCAUGACGUACUUCACUCUGAAACUCAUGGGUCUUCCGAUGGGGUUCUACGAGUGGCACAUCUGCAACCUUUACCUUCUCUUCUCAGAGGCGGCCGGUCACAGUGGUCUCCGUAUACAUGCAACGCCUCCAAACCCACUGACUUGGCUGAUGAGGAUUUUCAACGCCGAGCUAGUCAUUGAAGAUCAUGAUCUUCAUCAUCGGAAAGGGUGGAGGAAGAGCCAUAACUAUGGCAAACAGACGCGCAUUUGGGACCGGGUGUUCGGCACAUGCACUGACCGGAUUGAGGGUGUGGCUUCGAACGUUGAUUACGACAAUAUGGUCAUAAUGCCAGUUUUCUAG